AUGAGCAAAAAUUCAAAAAAUAAUAACAUAGGUGGAAGUAGUGGUGCGAUCAACCCCUUCGCAAAAAGCGGGUUGAUGAGGUCUCCGACAAGAAGCGCGGAGUCAGGUGCUGGAAGCUGCUUACGUAGCUCAAGCGUGGGAGCUCCUGUCCACUCCACGGCAAGCCAGCCGGUGGAGGUCAUGGACGGAGCGUGGCUGCUGAGGGCCAUCAGCCAAGAAGUAGGAAAAGGACGGCCCGCAUUAGAGGUUGCUGAGCACCAGCUUGGCAAAAUAAUCGACUUUGCGACAACUAAAUCGAAUAUAAGCAAGAACCUGAAAACGGCCUUGCUAAGACUUAGAGUGUCUGUCGAUGAGGCCAAGCAGGAGCACGCGGUCGCGUUGCUGGCUGCUGCAGCGGCGGAACCCGCAAAGGAGAAUGUGUCGAAGUUUACACAAACGGAGGCCUUCUCCUUCGCAGGUAGUCCGAGGAGUGUGAAAGCGAAUGCUCGUGACAAACGUGACAAGCAUUCGCAGAAGCGGGCGAGGCAGCCGUCAGGUGAGGAGCUGUCUGGCGGCGCCCGCAAGGCCAGGCGUAUAAUAACCCCGAAAGCCGGUGGUAACGCCGGAAAGUCGGACCCCAGCCAGGGUUCCCGGAAAGCUGGGAAAGGUGGGCCUGAAAAGGCUGGCCCGUCCCGGAAUGAUGGGAACAAGGGGUUGCGACCAAUGGUGGGCCCUCAGCAGCCACAGAGCAGGGCGAUCCAAGGAGAGGACCCUCCUUGGACAAAGGUAGAGCGGAAGAGGAAGAAGAAGGUGAAUCCGCAGGUAGAAGUGCAGGACGCCAAGCCAAGGCGUAGGAGGGCAGGUGCCAGGCGCGAGAAAGGCGACGCUAUCGUCAUCAAGACGGAACAGUCCAAGUACUCGGACGUCUUGAAGACGAUGCGAAGCGACGCCAAGCUUGAGGGUCUUGGAGCCGACGUACGCAGUAUUAGACGUACUCGUACGGGCGAGAUGAUCCUGGAGCUGAAGCGCCAGAAGGAACACAAGGGCGCCGCCUACAAAAGGCUGGCAGAAGAGGUCCUUGGUGAGGGUGUGCAGGUGAGGGCUCUAACACAUGAGGCGACUCUGAAGGUCAAAGACAUUGACGAGAUCACCGAAGUGGAAGAGCUCGUCACGGCACUGCGGCAACAGUGCGAUGUGCAGGUGGCCGCCGCAGCCGUUAAGCUACGGUGGCCCUCUCCGGCAGGGACACAGAUAGCUUUGGUUCUGCUACCUGUGGCGGAUGUUAAAAAGUCCGUUAAAGUAGGGAGUAUAAAGGUGGGCUGGUGUGUAUGUCACCUGACAUUCCACGAGCUACACGAGGUUUGCUUCAGGUGUCUGGAACCAGGACACAAGUCGUGGGACUGCAAAGGCCCCGACAGGCGCAAACUGUGUAGGCAACUGGGCCUCGGAUGGGACCAGGAAAAUGGCGGUGAUAUGGACGACGGAUAAAUACCCCGUGCAGGAGUUGGUGUCUACUACCUACGAGGGCUUCGUGGUCGCCAAAGUAAACGGGGUCUUCUUCUGUAGCUGUUAUGCGCCUCCGCGGUGGCCGAUCGAGCGGUUCACGCAAAUGCUGGACCGCUUAACGACCGUGCUAACAGGGCGAAGGCCGGUGAUAAUAGCGGGUGACUUUAAUGCCUGGGCUGUGGAAUGGGGAAGCCGUUUCACGAACCAGCGGGAUCAGAUCCUGCUAGAAACACUGGCCAUCUUAGAUGUCGACUUGGCUAACGUCGGUACCAAGAGUACCUAUAGUCGAAAUGGAGCGGAGUCUAUUAUUGACGUGACCUUUUGUAGUCCUGGCCUAACAAGUAGUCCGAACUGGAGAGUAGACGAUGGCUACACUCACAGCGACCACCUGGCGGUUCGCUACAGUAUCGACUACAACAACAGCAGACAGCGGAUAGAAGAAGAGGCGGCUAGGCCAAGGCCAAGCCCUCGUAGGUGGAAGACAUCAUACUUCGACGAAGAGGUAUUAAGGGAAGCGCUCCGCCGUGAGCGAAAAUUAAUCGGUUUAGACGGCGACGAGCUGGUAGCGGUGCUCUCACGUGCGUGUGAUGCGACCAUGCCUAGGCGAGUCCACCCUAGAAAUGGGAGGCCACCGGCUUACUGGUGGACCGACGCGAUUGCGGACCUGCGCCGCGCCUGCCUACGGGCUAGGCGGCGGAUGCAGCGAGCACGAUCAGAGGAAGAGCGAAACGAACGGCGGGUGGUGUUCGCCGCUGCAAAAGCCGCGCUCUAGACCGAGAUAAGAGCAAGCAAAAAGGCCUGCUUUGAGGGUCUCUGUCAGAGUGCCAAUACGAACCCGUGGGGUGACGCCUACAGGAUCGUUAUGGCCAAGACGAGAGGUGUGAUGGCUCCUACAGAGCAAUCUCCAGAGAUGUUGGAGGGGAUCAUUGGAGGACUUUUUCCGCGUCAUGAUCCUAGUCCUUGGCCUCCUUUCGUAGGACAGCAGGGGACUGGGGCUGGCGAUGAGGAGAGGGUCACCGAUGUGGAACUUGCGGGGAUAGCUAAGUCCCUUAGCGUAGGUAAGGCCCCAGGUCCGGACGGAGUUCCGAACCUGGCCUUAAAAGUAGCUAUUGCAGAGGCUCCCGAGAUGUUCAGGUCUGCUAUGCAGAAAUGCCUGGACGAGGGAGUUUUCCCAGAAGCUUGGAAGAGGCAGAGCCUGGUACUAUUGCCAAAGGCGGGGAAACCACCCGGAGACCCGUCGGCAUAUAGACCAAUAUGCUUGAUUGCCACGGCGGGGAAGGUGCUCGAAAAGAUCAUCCUCAAUAGAAUGUUGAGGUUCACUGAUGGCGUAAAUGGUCUUUCGAGCAACCAGUAUGGCUUCCGGAAGGGGAGGUCCACCGUAGACGCUAUCUUGUCGGUUACAAAAACCGCCGAGAAAGCACUCGAGCAUAAGAAGAGGGGAAUUCGCUUCUGCGGGGUAGUGACUCUGGAUAUAAGGAAUGCAUUUAAUAGCGCCAGUUGGACUGCUAUUGCCGAUGCGCUCUUGCGUCUGGGGAUACCCGAGUACUUGUACAAGACUCUCGGAAGCUACUUCCAGAAUCGCGUACUAGUUUACGACACGGAGGUGGGUCGGAAGUGCUUUCACAUAACCUCAGGAGUCCCGCAAGGUUCCAUCCUGGGUCCGGUGUUAUGGAAUGUCAUGUACGACGAGGUGUUGAGGUUAGAGUACCCAGUGGGAGUGGUGAUUGUCGGAUUUGCCGACGAUAUUACGCUCGAAGUCUACGGUGAAACGAUCGAGGAGGUAAAGUUGACUACCAACCGCUCGAUCAAGGUUGUGGAGGCGUAGAUGCGGUCCAGGAAACUGGAGCUGGCUCACCACAAGACAGAGGUGACGGUUGUUAACAACAUGCAAUCGGCGCAGCAGAUGGAGAUCAGUGUAGGAGAGUACACUAUCCUGUCAAAGCGCUCUGUCAAGCACUUGGGCGUGAUGAUCAACGACAAGCUUACCUUCGUUAGCCACGUCGAUUAUGCCUGUAAAAGAGCCUCCACAGCUAUUGCGGCACUGUCCCGGAUGAUGUCCAAUAGCUCAGCGGUGUACGCCAGUAAGCGCAAGCUGUGUGUUUCUACGUCCAUACUUAGGUAUGGCGGCCCGGCGUGGGGUACCGCGCUAAGUACUGAAUGCUACCGACGGAAGCUGGAAAGUACUUACAGACUUAUGUGUCUGAGGGUUGCAAGCUCGUACCGUACCGUGUCACACGACGCUCUCUGUGUCAUUACUGGUAUGGUGCCUAUCAGUAUUCUUAUCAGUGAGGACAUGGAGUGCUUCGAAAUGCGCGGCACAAGAGGCAUACGCAAGACUGUCAGGAUGGCCUCUAUGGUCAAAUGGCAGCGCGCGUGGGACAGUUCCACCAAAGGAAGGUGGACCCAUAGGUUGAUACCGAGGGUAGAUAGUUGGAUUAAUAGGCGCCAUGGGGAAGUUACAUUCCACCUGACACAGGUCCUUACAGGUCAUGGUUGCUUCCGACAGUAUCUACACCGUUUCGGGCAUGCGGAUUCUCCCGAAUGCCCAGUGUGCACUGGUUUAGAGGAAACGGCGGAACACGUUUUGUUCGUGUGCCCGCGUUUUCGCACAAUGCGUGACCGCAUGCUUGCCACAUGCGGGGAGGACACAGCUCCGAACAACUUGGUCCAGAGAAUGUGUAGGGAUGAGAUUAGCUGGAAUGCCGUUUCAACGGCUAUCACCCAUAUCGUCUGGGAGCUACAGAGGAGGUGGCGCGUGGACUCGGAGAAUGGCUAGUCCAGAUGCAGUACAAGAGGUGGUCCAGGGGUUCGAAGUCGGCUUCGUAGGUCAUACCGGUGCCCUGCGGUCGAGAUCGGCCCUUACAGCGAUUAAGUGGCCGCGGAGAGGAAGUCCCGGUAGCGGUGCUGUCGUGGCGUCAGUCUACUGGGUUGGAUCUGAGCCCGCGGUUGGAAAGGGGUCCCCGGCAAGGGUCGGGGUGGGUGAGACCCUGCUGUCUGCAACCUACGGAUGCAUCUGAUAGGGCCUGAAGGGUAGUAAUACCCUUCCUAGUCCGUAGUCCUGGCUUCUACCGGCAUUGUAGAAGACGGCCUUAACCCCACACUACCCUAACCUUCCUGUUAGGGUGUCUGAUGAGCAGAUUUAUCCCCCUAUGGUUUAGAAGAAAAAAAAAGACCUAGACGGGACUCUCCCAGAAUCAUGAAAGGGAGAAACAGAAAACAGAAUUCUACUGGGUUCUCGUGGAAUGGCGAGAAAGAUUUCUUCUGAACCCUAAGAAGAAUUACAAAAUCUAUGCGAGGGUUCUCCAAAAUCCAAAUUUCUCUAGAGAAUUCUGCCCAUAAUCUCGUGAGAGAUUCUACAAUAAUUAAUAGUGCUGAAGGAUAGUGCCAGAGAAUCUUGAAAAAUAAAGCCCCAUAAUUCCGAGGAUUUCUCCAGUAUCAUGAGACAAAUUCCUCAGAAUCUUAAGAGAAAUUUCCCCAGAAUCUUAACGGGGAUUACCCCAGAAAGCUGAAUUAUCAGAGAAUCUUUGGAAGAGUACCCGCAGAUUACUUAGUGAUAUUCCCAGAAUCUUAAAAAAAUCUAACGCAGAAUCCUGUGAAGGACAACACUACACGGAGACAAAUUUCGUUCGUUGGAUUAUUCAUGUUUAUUCGGUAAACUGAUAAAAUUUUUAAAACUAAAAUAUUAAUUUUUAAAACUAACUCAAUUACAUAUUGAUUUCUACAAUACCCAUUGAAGAGCCCCCCGUUCCGCCGUCGAGAACAUAAACAAAACUCUCAAGUUCCAGCUGCAGCACCAAACAAGAUUUCCUCUUGCAAAAAAAGUAAAGUUUCACCAAAAGUUUCCACGAAAUCCCAUUGAUUUCGAGAGCGUAUGUUAUCUAUUGCUGUGUGCAUUCAAAAUGCAAAUAUCAAAUGCGGGAGUACCAAAUGCGAUAAGAUUUUCUAACAAGUAACCCGAUGUCAGUGAGAGCUUUCGAAUCCUAGGUUGGCGGUGAUAUUGGCUAUGGUUGCUACGUUGCCUUUGGUAACAUGUGUUACCGCGUUUGAAGCGCAUUUGGGCACCGUUUGCAUCUUGAACGCACACAGCAAUACAUGAUGCUGGCAUUGAAAGUGCCACGCGGGAAGUGGGUUUUCCUAGAGAAGGAAAUGACUUUGUAAAAUUAAUUGGAGAACAAAUAUUUCCGUAGGGCCGAUCUGCCACAAAAAAAAAAAAACAAAAAAAAUACAUUUGUUUCUAACAUAACCAGAAGAUGCAUGUUUGUUUCAAAAAUGGAUUGAAUUUGCUUCAAAUGUGACGUUCGAUUUGCUCCAAACAGUUUUAUUUUUGUUGCCAGAAUAAAUUGACAAUUUAUUGGAGUUUACCUGAAAUAUAUUUGAUUUUAUCAUGCUUUUUCCUGCGUGUAGAAUCCUGUGUGGAAUUCCCCCAGAAUUCUGAGAGGAAUAUCGCCACAAUUCUGAGAAUACUGUGUAUGAUUCUCCAAAAAGUCUGAGAGGAGUUACUGAGAAUGCUGAGGAAGAUUUUCUCAGAAUUCUGAGUGGAAUCCUAAGUGAGUCUUUUAGAAUCCUGAAAGGGAUUUCACCCUUGGUAGGGAACCCUGGUAGGAAAUACCCUGGUAGAAAUGAAUUCCCAUAAAAUGUAUUCUCUCAGAAACUUUUAUAGGAUUUUUUCCAGAAUCCUGAGGGAUUUCCUCAGAUUCCCGAGAUGAAUUCUCCCUGAAUCCUAUGACGGAUUGCCUCAGAAUCAUUAGAGAAGUUUUUCCUCAGGAUUCUCCCAGAACGCGAAGAAGGAUAUCCCCAGAACUCCCUGGAGGAUUCUUCCAGAGUCCUGAGAGGUGUUACGUUAGUCAUUUAGAAAGCUUAUGUGUUACUUAAGUUUAGUGUGCAAACAUAAAGUACAAAUAAACAUCAUGCUGCAUGGGCGACCGGAUUGAAAAUCAGUGUUGCGAAACUCAUGCUCACGAGUAAAAAAUACUCACUCACCUUACUCAUUUGCGAGUAAUGCUCACGCUGUGAGUUACUCGCGUAUGAGUAUACUCACGCGUGAGUAAUGACUAAGUUAUUUUUGUUGGUUUGAAAUGAUGUUUUCGUUUGUUCUGUACUGCAAUGGUGAUUAUUUAUAUACAAGGCACAGUUUUCGAGGAAAGGUGGAUCUGCUCGAGAGCUUUGGCACCAUAGGCUAAAACUACGCUGAACUCAAUUAUAUGUGAAUGUCACGCCUGCACAAACAGAAAAAAAUCACUGUUUUCAGCUUAAUGCAACCGCCCAUUCAUAUCAGCACCACGUCCUGCACCAAAUUUUUGGCUUCACGCCAGUUUUAUGUGGAUGACAGCCAUUUCAGGGGAUUGAUCUCUGUCUACAAGAGGUUUGAGUUCAAACAAAAGCCCUCACGUUGAGCUCUUGGGCUCAAAGAGGACCUCUUCAGGACCGCCCUUAACGGAGCGCUUAGAACUACCAGUAAGAUACAAUUCACUAGAAUAAAAAAAAAAAAAAACAAUAGAAUUAUUGACAACCAACCUUGUCUACUGAUUCAAUACAUUCGCCCCAAUAAAACAUACCAUUUUAUUGUUUGAUAGGAUUCCAAGCCUUAAGAUAAAUUUUAGAUUACCGUAUGAAUGAGUGAAGCAUACUCGUGAGUGAGUAUCUGCACGUCAGUACUCACGAGUGAGUGUGAGUUGUACAGCGCUUACUCAAAUGUGAGUAAUACUCACGGUGAGUUUAAGGUGUACUGCUCAUACUCACUCGUGAGUUUGACUAGUUGUGUGAGUACUCGCUCAUUUCGCAACACUGCUUAUGAUUCAUAGUUGAGGCAAUUUACUUUUUUGAACUUUGGACGCGAUUUUCUCGAUUGACUGUUGUUGCACAUGGGACAAUUAUGCGUCCACUGGCAGUAUAAUAGUGAUUAAAUACACUGUGUACUAAAAACGACAGAUUUUACGAUUUUCACGUAUUUUUUUGCGUGAGCGAAACACAUAAAAUUUCCUACAGCUUUUUUGGGUCCAAUAGUAGCUCAAAAUAUUCUACUAUUUUGUUUUUAAAAUGUAUGUUAUUCGGUAAAUAUUGCAUAAAAUGGCUUUGCUCUCAUAUGAUUUUUAUUGUCCAAGAAUAUCAGCGACGAAAAGAGUGUAUUUAUGCGUGAAAACUUGAUUUUUGCAACAGUGAGCGGCUAUUGGGUCAUGAGCGGCUACUGGUACACUGACGGUACACAAGGUAUGCCUUGAUUUAGUAGAUCCUAGAUUAUACAGGGUGUUUGUUUCCGGAGUGCAGAUAUUUUUAGGGUGGAUAGGUCUCCAUGAAUUAUGAAAAAGUGCCCAAGGAACAUGGGGUCGGAAAUCACUGCUAAGUGAGUUAAUCACAUUUUAAGUUUUUUUUUCAAUUUUGCUCAUCUUUGAAACCCUCUAUCUACUAAACUACCAAUCGUACAAUCAAUGUCAACGCUCGAAUUGAAAGCUAAUGACUUCUACUGUCUUAGUCUCUUGGACGUGAACUUUGUAAAAUUAGUCUAAAAGGCUUAAAUUUUCAAAACAUUGCAAAACAUGUCGAAAAAAAACCGCUCUUUUUCAGACAUUUUUGAUGAUUUUAAUAUGAAAACAAAACUUCUGUUAAAAAAGUUCUUCUACAAAGCAUGCACGAACUUGUUCUCUAAAAAUGUUUCUUUGACAGCAAAACUCUAUCUUUUGUAGAUUAGCUAGAAAAUGAUUUUGAAAAUGUCGCUCCAAAUUGCAUCAACACCAUGCCAAAAUAAUGGUCAUCACCCUAUCCGAUCGUGCGUUCGUGUGAUGUCGCUCCACAGUAUGAGGACGACGGCAGCUGCUGGUGUUGCCGUCGCGAACAGAGAACGAGUUCGCUCUUUGUCGCGCUGCAGAGCCGGAUUUAAGGGGGGGCAGGGGGGCCAGGGCCCCGGGCCCCCACAUUUCAGGGGCCCCCACAAAAUCUCACUUCACGAAUAAAAAUGUGAACAAGUGAAACAAGAAAGAAAAAGUAGUGCAAGAAAUUUAUCUUUAAUGUGCUUUUUAUUAUAAGAACUUCAAAUUACUGUCAAUUGACAAGGCAUAUAAUAUAUUAUGGCAUGUAAUUUUUUAUGUUGAAAAUACUACUGCUUCAUAUUCAAUUACUUAUGAAAUUAAAAAAAAAAUCUCCAAAACUUUUUUUAAUCAUGAAGUCUUGUGAAAUUGCUAAAAAGUAAAUCAUGUAGAAAAUAGCUCUGUAGAAUUGUGAAUCAAAAUAGUGCUGAAUAGAUCUGUAAAAUUUGAGAAGAAUUUUUUUCAAUUUUCCACGGUGCUCUUAAAAAGUAUGCUAAAAAGGCCUCAAUUUUUCCAAGAAAGUUAAAGGAACUUUCUAAAGAGUUCUUGGAAGAAUUGCAAUAAUUUCUUUUAAAAUUUAGUGCACUUUUUGGAAUUCCAGGGUUUAAUUUUACAAAGCAACUUACGGGCCAAUUUAUGACGUAGUUAGGGGGCAAGGCCCCAUGGAAAUCAAUGUCAUUUGAAUAAAAUCGAUGCAGGUCAUCAAAAUCAGACACAUUUACGUGAAAACUAGAACAUUUAGCUUAGCAAUCUUACUAUUUAAAUAAAAUUUCAGAACUGCUGAAACAGUUUUAAAGUUUGAUUUAUUUCGGCCCGAGUCUUCUUAGAGAAGAUAGGUAAUGAUUGAGAUCUUGAGAAUUUUUUUCUGGAUGAAGGGUGUAAAUUAGUUUGAGAAAAUUCUAAAAUUUUCGCAUUUUUUUGUGAAAUUCGUUUGCGAUCUCCGUCAAAAAUUUUCUAGAAAUUUGACAGGAAAUGGUAUAAGAAAUAAAUCAUAAAUUUAAUCGGAAACUUAUCAAAGAUUUCCGAAAAAAAACUUCAAUAGUUUGUAUUAGAGUUUACAUUGCUACAUGAAGUUUUGCCAGAAGAAUGUUGUCAAAAAUUCUUCUGGGAGGUCGUCAGGAAUUCCAUUAGCUCCGGAGCUUAUGCUCCGAACUUCAACGAAGAAGUCAUGAUAGUCUAGCAGCCAAUUCUUCGAAAACUGCUCCAAGGAUUUCGCUACAAAUUAUAUUUGGUGCUUGUGCUACAAUUUGUAAUCGAAAUUUUCGAAGACUUCCGCUUUAAAGUUAACUGAAGACCUCGUCAAAUAUUCUGACUAAAUUUAUUUAAUGAUGAUGAUGCCACGAACACACUCGCGAAAAGCGCGUUUUACUUUUCAUAAUUUCGAGAACGAUAUGUACUAAAAAUUCAAAACUCUCCUAGAUUUAAAUUCUUCUUUAACGAGAUCAGCACUUUUUUUAAGGACUUUUAAUAUUUUUUUCUAGAUUAGUGAGCAAAAACAAAUUCUCUAAAACAAGGGGCCCCCACAAUACUGUGGCCCCGGGCCCCCACAUUUGUAAAUCCGGUCCUGUCGCGCUGUAUCCCCGCCUGUGGAAGAUUUCGAGGCGGAGUGUGGCUUCUGUGCCAUAAUCAGUUUGACGCGCACUACACUUGUUUUGGACGGAGCGAAAGCGCUGACAAAAGUGUAUUUACAAGAGCAUCCCCAAGUAACCACGAAGCCGUAUAUAAGUGCAUCAAUUUUGCCAUAUAUUGAUAAUUAAAAUUAUGAAUAUAAUGCUGCAUUACUUUAAACACCCCAUUGAAGCAAUAUUAAAGUCGAAAAGGGCCCCACUAAAAUCAAAUUAGUGCCACAUAUUGCAGCACGCUGACAGCCAUUGCUAAAGUAAUAUAAAUGCAUGUGCUGUACAUUUGCAUUUGACAUGCUUGAUACGUGCAACACGAAAAACCAAAACAAAAAUCUAUUUUUAGCACCGUUUCGUUAUCGACGGUACUGAUGCCCUCACACAUUAAUGUCUUAACCAUUAUUUUUUUUUGUAGUCGGAUCGGGAGUCGAACCAGAAGUGUUGAAGACCGCUAGAUGAGUUCCAUACGCGCUGGCACCUUGGACCGUUUCUGCUGCAGUGAUAACAACAGAUAUUUCAUUAACUAAAAGGAAAAUGUUCUUCUAUCUCAAUCAUUGUAAUAGAGGGUAAAACGAUUAUGUCAUAUCGGCACCAACAUUUCAAAAGGGCGUAACUGCAUUUACAACCAAUGCCUUCUCACAAAGCUGUGCAGCGUAUUCCAUCCCUCUCGAGUAAUCCACUAGCACAAAUAAAAAGAUAAAAUCCUCCUCUUUCGAUUAAUGGAUGUGAAUUGCGUGAGAUGAAUGAAAUAUUGCGCAUUGCGCGGUUAUAAGUGCGACGAUGAAGUGCGGAAUCUCAAAUAAAAGUGCGAUUUUGAGUCAGAUCGUUUCGGUGUCUUCACCGCAGUUAUUCAUUAGCUCGUGAUGAAUAAGUGCGGUGAAGACACCGGAACGAUUUGAUGCAAUAUCGCACUUUUGUUUGAGAUUCCGCACUUUGUCGUAGUCCAGUUAGCAAUGCAAUAAACUAUAUUGUCGGGCCGCCACCAAACCGGACUUCGCACAAUCAAGUCGCGACGCGACCCAACUCGCGACGUUUUUUUAAUCAUGUCAAAAGUAGUGCGCGUCCUUCCCGUUGUUGUCAGCAACACAGCGCACUAGAUGCGAAACAGUUGCGACACUUGUGGACCAAGAAAAUUGCAAUUUUUGUUUGAAUGUCGGUCUUGAUUCCAACCGGAUAGACAAUACAACCCACAGCUUUGUGAGAAGGCAUUGGUUGCAAAAGCAGUUACGCCCUUUUGAAAUGUUGGUGCAGAUAUGUAAUAGAAUACAGUAAACUAUCACAUUCCGAUAAAUUACUGAAAAUUACAUAAUGCAUUUUAGAAGAUAUUUAAUCAACAUAAGAAAAUAAAAACCUCGAUUAAAACACCCUUCGCACAUUGCUCAUAUGCUAAUUGUGAUUUCUAUCGUUAUUGGCAUGUGAUUGCAGCCUACAGAAAAGAGAAAAGUUCAUCUCUAAAUAGCGUUUGCUGUCGUCGAUCGGUGGCUCAAACGGGGAUUAAGUUGGUCGGGAGUCGAACCAGAAAUGUUGAAGACCGCUAGAGUUGACCGUAAAGUUGUUCAAUCUUCUUGAUUUCAUUUGUUUACCAUUAGAGUCAAGCUUUUAUAAUUGUAUUGUUAGAGCAAACUUUGCUAGUUUGUACAUUGCAUUUAUUCAGUUUUUGCAGUGUUGAAUUAUUGAAUUAUCUUAUAUCACCUUUUAAUAAACCCGAAUGUAAAGCAAAAUGCAAUGCAUCAUCACAUUGAUAAUGCCAAUCUAAAGGAUUAUUGCAUGACAAGUGUGGAAUUACUGCAUUUCGCAUUGCAAAGGUUGAUAUUCAGUCUAAUUCGUGCAAUGUUAUAAUGCUUGUGGUUACUUGGGUCCCUUUAAAUCCUUCGCACUCGCAGCUCUGCUGCGGUGCUGUUCAGAUGGGGAGCCCUAUGCGUGCGGCAAUUUAGAGCAUGCACUUAUUGUGGAUUUAGCACUAAAUUGGUGUCGGAAGUAUCAGGUAUCAGAAGGCCGGCUCCAGAGGCACGUUAUCCUCCAUUUGGGACAUUUGUGCCAUCGCCAAAAUAACAGCCUAUUUCAUCAUCUACCUGAGGGAAAAGGAAGGAAAAAGGAUUUGGAUGGGGAUAGGGACAGGUAGGGAAAUAGGAAAAAUACCCUGGAAGAGGGUACUAACGCACAAUUGUCAAUGCUUUGACCAACAUGCUGCAAUUCUGCUUAGACAGAUUAGUUAGAUACUUCGCCACCCGUAGAGAUGGCUCAGCACUAUACAAUUUGGUUUGACGACAUGACUCCAAACUAUUCCAAUAUUGUCUGUGUUGAAUGACAGCCCAGGUGUGAAUCUCAAGCUUAAUCCAACACUUCGAUAUCGGAAUAGCUGGCUCAGGGCCAAUGAAGUCAUGUGAUGCUCCAGAGCGAGCUAACUCAUCAGCCAAUUCAUUUCCAGCGAUGGAAGAAUGACCAGGUACCCAUAGAAGGUGAACAGCGUUUGCUGAAUUCAGCUCCUCGAUUUGAGUUCGACAAGCGAUAACUAUCUUCGACCUGGAGUUGGCCGAAGCAAGUGCUUUAAUAGCAGCCUGGCUAUCUGAACAGAAGUAUAUUACUUUGCCCAUUACGUGCUGCUGAAGUGCUGAUUGCACUCCGCACAUAAGAGCAAAGAUUUCGGCCUGAAAAACGGUGCAGUGUCUACCAAGUGAGUAAGACUGAUACAGCCUUAGCUCACGAGAAUAAACACCAGCACCUGCUCGACCUUCGAGAAGGGAGCCAUCAGUGUAACAUACGAUGCCGUCUGAAAUACUUCUUUCCAGAUAACCAGAUGUCCACUCUUCCCGGGAAGGGAAUUUCGUGGAAAAUGUCCUAUAUGGAAAAUUACAAGCAAUUGUAAGAUCACUUGGAGCAAGGACAAUUUUGUCCCAAUUCACCAAAAGUGGAAACAACGAGGUGUGUGUUGAACUGCGGUUCACAGGAGUUUCCUCUAGUAGACCGAGUACCCGUAACCGGUAAGUGCAAGAAAGGGCUUCUUGUUUGGGAUGAAUGUGUAAUGGGGCAACGUCAAAGAGAACUUCUAGCGCUGCCGUAGGAGUUGAAGAGAACGCUCCAGACAUCGCCAUUAAGCACAUCCUUUGGAGAUGACCUAAUUUUGAUUGGACCGUUCUCACUUCACCCUUUUGCCACCACACAAGACACCCAUAAGCCAAUAUUGGCCGAACCACAGUUGUGUAAAUCCAUUUGAUAUACUUGGGUUUUAGACCCCAAGUUGUACCAAAAGUACGCCGGCAUUGCCCGAAGACCAUACAAGCUUUCUUGAUUCUGAACUCAAUGUGAGGUGUCCAGGAAAGCUUGGAAUCAAGAAUGACUCCAACGUACUUUACCUGUUCAGUCACAUCGAUUUCAGAAUCAAAGAGACGCAAAGGUCGAACGCCAUUACGGUUUCGCCUUUCCGUGAAAAGAACAAUAGAUGUUUUACUCGGAUUAACCGAAAGGCCAUAUUGGCGACACCAACCCUCAACUACCUGAAGGGCGUUUUGCAUCAGGUCGAAAAGGGUGCUGAUGCACAUACCAACUAACAAUGUUAGGUAGUCGUCGGCAAAACCAUAAGUAGGAAAACCGCUAUUAUUGAGUUGCCUCAAUAGCGUAUCUGCUACGAGAUUCCACAAAAGCGGUGAUAAGACUCCCCCUUGGGGGCAUCCACAAACACUCAAUUUCCUAAUCCCUGCUAGACGCAAUGUCGAGAAGAGAUAUCGGUUUUUGAGCAUUUGGUGAAUCCAAUUGGAAAUCAUUGGAGAUAUACCAUGAUUCCGUGCGGCUUCCAAUAUGGCAUCGAAAGGCACGUUGUCAAAGGCACCCUCGAUAUCUAAGAAAACACCCAAACAAGUUUGUUUUUGAGCGAAUGCUUUCUCGAUAUCGUAAACAACCUUGUGUAAAAGAGUCACAGUGGACUUACCAGAUUGGUAGGCAUGUUGGUUCACAUGAAGAGGCACGUUGGCCAGAUGAACAUCACGGAUGUGAUGAUCCACAAUGCGUUCUAAGCAUUUCAGAAGAAAAGAGGUCAAACUGAUAGGUCUGAAACUCUUUGCUUCUUCAUACGACGCACGACCCACUUUCGGAAUAAACUUUACAGUAAUAUCCCUCCAGGAUUUGGGAAUAUACCCUGUAGCAAAACUGCAAACAAGUAGUUUUUUCAAAACAUGUUUGAAAUAAUCAAAUCCCUUCUGAAGCAAAUUAGGAUAAAUCCCAUCUGCCCCAGGAGAUUUGAAAGGAGCAAAGCUAUUAAGAGCCCACUCAAUCGAUUCUAUAGUUACAAUACUCCGAGCCGAAGCUAAAGAAUCAUAACUACAAGAAAAGACAUCAGGAUCAUCCGAAGAUGUAAUAUCCACACAUCCAGGGAAGUGUGUGCUGAAUAAGCAUUCCAGAACUUCCUCAUCAGAAGAACUCAGAUCGCCAUUUGGCAAACGAAGUUCGUUCACCCGGAAAUCCUUAGAUUUCGCAAGGAUUUUGUUUAACCGACUGACUUCACUCAAGCUAGAAACAUUUGUACAAAGGUUUUUCCAGCCGGAUCGUUCAGCAGACCGGAGAGCUUUCCUGUAGGCAUUGCGAGCCGACCUGAAAGCCUCCGAACCAGCCGAACGUCGUCUGUUCCAACUCUUUCUACAUUGUUUCCUGAGUUUCGCCAGAGAAGAGUUCCACCAAGGGGUUCCUCUUGUGAUCUUCACAGACCGUAGAGGGCAUGCUUCUUCAAAAGCUUCCAUGAUGAAGGUCGUUGUAGUAUCAACGGCAUCAUCUAAAUCACUUGGAGUGUCAAUGGAUGGCGAAUAUCCAUGAAAUUUGGCUGCAACCAAAUCAGUAUAGAGAUCCCAGUUUGUUGACCGAGGAUUCCUGAAACGCAAUGUUUGCGAAGUAACAUUUAAAUGUUCAAAAAAGAUGUAGCGAUGGUCAGAUAAAGAUUCUUCAUCUGACACAUGCCAAUUGGGCAGCUCGUGACUAAUUCUGCUAGAGCAAAGCGUUAUAUCUAACACUUCCUCUCUAGCAGAUACCAUGAAGGUUGGGCGGUUGCCUAUGUUAAGUAAUGCAAGAUCUGUACUACUUAAGUACUCCAUCAAACUGGAGCCUCUCAAGUUAAUGUCUGAGCUGCCCCAGAUGAUAUGGUGAGCAUUAGCAUCACUGCCAACAAUUAGCGGAAGGCCUUUUGAAGUGCAGUAUGCGAUGACUUGUUUGAAAGCAUCCGUAGGGGAUGGUUCAUCAUGCUGUAAAUACACAGAACAAUAGACGUAUUUCCUGUUGAGGUUUCCAACAGAUACAUCAAUUGUGAUAGCACAUACAUCUCUGGUGAUUAGUUCAGAGAUGAGUGUAGCAACUAUUGCGUUGUUGACAAGCACACAGGCUCGAGGCAUGACACGCGAGUUUGCCAUUUCAUGUUUACUGAAAGUGGCAAACACCGGGUUCACAAGGUUUCCUAGAUAGAAAUUUCCCUUACGAAAGUAAGGUUCUUGUACCAAGGCCACUUGGGCUGUACCAUUUUGCAUAAAUCUGCAAAGAUUGAUCGUUGUUGUUCUUUUAUGCUGAAGAUUGAUCUGAGUUAUCUUAACCGUAGCCACUACCCAAACUAGGUAAGAUUAAACUCUUCACAACAACAGCACAACAAAGAACAGCAACAAUAAAACCAAAUCGGUAUCGAUUGGAAAACGCCAAAGGCGAGGAUACACAGAAUACACUGUGUAAAUCGCAUAAUGCGAAACCAUAUAGGUGAAAAUUUAAACUAAUUAAAAACAUCUUCAUAAUCCCGCCCUUAUUUAGCCUCAAGUGAAAUUAAAGAAGGGCAGCUGAUUGUCUCGGAGAAACACAAGGUCCACUGCACCAUUGCUCCGGUUAGCGCAGUAAGGGCUACAUACUGUGGAGGGCGCCCUGGUACUCCACAGGCUCCGUUAGCGGUUAGGUUUUUAUUAGACCCGGUUAGGUUUUUAUUAGACAAUGUCGCAACCUGUAUUUGUUGCGACAAAACAACCCAUGCGACAUAAGUUUGUCCCAACUUGAAAAUAAUUGGAUUAACAUCGUACACCACGAGUUUAGAGAUUUUUAAGCCUUGCAUUACGAUUUUCGAACGGUAACUUCGAGUCGGUAAACACUGCAACUCUGGUGAAACUCUAUCAUCAAACAGUUUCGACUUUGGGUUAGUAAUAAUUGAUUAUUCACGAGUUGAAAAGUACGCAACAAAUUCAGCUUCCGUUUUGUCUGCAACAAAAAAAUUCGAGAUUAUGUCAUAAUCUGUCACCAGUAGGGAUAAAGACUAAUCGUCGCACCUUCUUUGUUGCUUGUUUUGUGCCUCUUUUGUCUGACAAUUCUCUUCGCUGAUUCUUCUUAUUACUGGCAUAACAUCCCCAAUGGAACAGAGCCUGUUUCUCAGCUCAGCUGUUAAAUUUGCGGGUUUUCAAGAUUAAUAAUGCUCAUAAGAAAUCUGGGAAAUAAAUUGGUCAUUUUAGAAGAAGUUGUUGGUUUUUAGAGAACGUUGGGGAUUUUGGGAGGUAUUGAGAGGUUGAAGGAAUCUUAGGCAUCAUGAGGGUUGUCAUGGGAAAUUAUGCUUUUGGGAAAUCUAAGCAUUAUGUUGGACAUUUUAGGAGAAGUUGGGGAUUUUUUGGAAAGGUUUAGGAUUUUUAGGGAACGUUGGGGAUUUCAGGAGAUAUUGGGAGGUCAAAGGCAAGCUAGAAAUCAUGAAGGUCUUCAUGGGAAAUAAUGUCUUUGUGAAGUCUAAGCAUUGAGUUUGACAUUUUAGGAGAAGUUGGGGAUUUUAAGGGAACGUUGGGGAUUUUUAAGGAGAUAUUGAGGAUGUUAUAGGAAACAAAGGAAUCAUGAUGGUCUUCAUAAGAAAUGAUGCCUUUGGGAAAUCUAAGCAUUAAGUUGGACAUUUUAGGAGAAGUUGGGGAUUUUUAGGAAACGUUGGGGUUUUAGGAGAUAUUGAGGAUGUUAAAGGAAACAUAGGAAUCAUGAGGGUCGUCAUGGGAAAUGAUACCUUUGUAAAGUCUAAGCAUUAACACGGAGACAAAUUUCGUUCGUUUGAAACAAAAAUAUUCAUGUUUAUUCAGUAAACUGAUAAAAUAUUUAAAACUAAAAUAUUAAUUUUUAAAACAAACUCAAUCACAUAUACAGGGGUUACUCAAAAUAACUGGGACAGGUAAAAUUUUCACUUUUAAAAAAAUGUUCAACUCACUGUAACUUUUCGGAAAGUGCAUCAAAUAUUCUCAAUUUUUUACUGUAAGUUCAUCAACUAGUUGUGUAUCAGUAGUCCAAUUUUGGAGAAGUUCGGACCAUUGUCCAUGGAGUUAUAAAGAUUCUAGGAAAAGGUAAAAUUAUCCGAUAGCCAACUUUGAGCUGUUAUAUCUCCGGAUUCAAUGAACCGAAUGCAAUGAAAUUUUGACCAUUCAUGACUUGUAUAAUGAGCUAUGAAAAACCUUUGACUUAACUUAAAAUUCUUAACUAGGAAGAAAAUUAUAACGAUUAGAUUAUUUUUCUAAUAAAACACCAAAUAAUCCAAAACUUCAACAUCGUUUCAAAAUUCAAGAUGCAAAUUAUAGUUCAAUUAAUUUCCCUCUAAAUGACUUAUAUAUAAAUGUGUUUUGAAGGAAAGUUACAACAUAGCCGCUUAUAAAUUGAGAAAGUAAUGGGAUGCAUAUUAGAAAUUGAUGAAUUUACUAAAAAAUCGUGAAAUGAAUGAAAUCGUUAUAACUUUUUCUCUUGUUAAAAAUUUAAAGUUAAGUUAAACGUUUUUAAGAGUUCAUCAUAUAAGUCAUGAAUGGUCAAAAUUUCAUUGCAAUCAGUUCAUUGAAUCCGGAGAUAUAAAAGCUCAAAGUUGGCUAUCGGAUAAUUUUACCUUUUCCUAGAAUCUUUAUAACUCCGUGGACAAUAGUCCGAUCUUCUCAAAAAUUGGACUACUGAUACACAACUAGUUGAUGAACUUACAGUAAAAAUUUGAGAAUAUUUGAUGCCCUUUUCAAAAAGUUACAGCGAAUUGAACAUUUUAUGAAAAGUGAAAAUUUUACCUGUCCCAGUUAUUUUGAGUAUCCCCUGUAGAUUUCUCCAAUACCCAUUGAAGAGCCCCCCGUUCCGCCGUCGAGAACAUAAACAAAACUCUCAAGUUCCAGCUGCAUCACCAAACAAGUUUUCCUCUUGCAAAAAAGGCAAGUUUCACCAAAAGUUUCUACGAAAUCCCAUUGAUUUCGGGAGCGUAUGUUAUCUACAUGAUGUUGGCAUUGAAAGUGCCACGCGGGAAGUGGAUUUUCUUAGAGAAGGAAAUAAUUUUGUAAAUUUAAUUGAAAAACAAAUAUUUCCGUAGGGCCGACCUGCCACAAAAAAAAACAAAAAUUUUUACAUUUGUUUCUAAAAUAAUCAGUCAGAAGAUACAUGUUUGUUUCAAAAAUGGAUUGAAUUUGCUUCAAAUGUGUUCAACGUUCGAUUUGCUCCAAACAGUUUUAUUUUUGUUGCCAGAACAAAUUGACAAUUUAUUUGAGUUAACCUGGAAUAUUUUUGAUUUUACCAUGCUUUUUUCUGCGUGAAGUUGGACAUUUUAGGAGAAGUAUCUCCUGAAAUCCCCAACGUUCCCUAAAAAUCCCAAACCUUUCCAAAAAAUCCCCAACGUUUCCUAAAAAUCCCCAACUUCUCCUAAAAUGUCCAACAUAAUGCUUAGAUUUCCCAAAAGCAUCAUUUCCCAUGACAACCCUCAUGAUUCCUAAGAUUCCUUCUUAAUCACUUAACGUUGAAGCAUUCGUCAUUGAAAUCAUCGUCAUCAUCAAACAUUUGAAAGCAGUUGUUUCGUUCAAAUCAAACAGUUUUGCAACGAAAAUGGAUUCACUGCAUUCCACAUGAGGAAUGUAAUGCAGUGAAUACAUUUUCGUGGUCAUUGUUUUGAAUUAUAACGAAAAAACUGCUUUUCUAUUUCCGAAAAAUCAUGACGAAUGCUUGAGUCUUAACCUAAUUACAGCUCUAUGUCCACUAGGGCACUACGUGAGCGAUUUCAAUUGACAGCUGCACUUACAUUUUUGUACAGCGUCUAGAUGUAUGUUCUAUUCUACUUUAUCGAACUGGUUGCCUUUCUGCUGCUUUCACUUUUCUACUCUAUACAUGGUAGAAGGAUGAGCACAAGGAUGAUGGAUGGCUGUUGUUCCUUUCCAGUCCGAUUGGGGGUCCAUUAUGAGUAACAGUUCCGAUGUCCAGGUAUCCGGGUCCGUUAUGAGCCACGGGGCUCAGAAGAGGGUCAGUGCCAGCCGCUCUUCGGGGAAGAGCAACUGACGAAAAAUUGCAAGUGCCGGGGCUGGGAAUCAAACCCAUGACCAUCCGCAUAUAAAGCGAACGUGUGACCAACUAGGCCACGGGCCCCGGCAAAGAUUCCUUCAACCUCUCAAUACCUCCCAAAAUUCCCAACGUUCUCUAAAAACCAACAACUUCUUCUAAAAUGACCAAUUUAUUUCCCAGAUUUUUUAUGAGCAUUAUUAAUCUUGAAAACCCGCAAAUUUAACAGCUGAGCUGAGAAACAGGCUCUGUUCCAUUGGGGAUAUUAUGCCAGUAAUAAGAAGAAUAAUAACGCUGCACAUAAUAUAUUUAGUGCAUUUGAAAAUGCAUUAAACAAGUGUAUGCUCUAAUACAUGCUCUAAAUUGCCGCACGCAUAGGCCUCCACAUCUGAACAGCACCGCAGCAGAGCUACGAGUGCGAAGGAUUUAAAGGGAUGCUCUUGUAAAUACACUUUUGUCAGCGCUUUCGCUCCGUCCAAAACAAGUGUAGUGCGCGUCAAACUGAUUAUGGCACAGAAGCCACACUCCGCCUCGAGAUCUUCCACAGGCGGGGAUACAGCGCGACAAAGAGCGAACUCGUUCUCUGUUCGCGACGGCAGCACCAGCAGCUGCCGUCGUCCUCAUACUGUGGAGCAACAUCACACGAACGCACGAUCGGAUAGGGUGAUGACCAUUAUUUUGGCAUGGUGUUGAUGCAAUUUGGAGCGAUAUUUUCAAAAUCAUUUUCUAGCUAAUCUACAAAUGAUAGAGUUUUGCUGUCAAAGAAACAUUUUUAGAGAAAAAGUUCGUGCAUGUUUUGUAGAAGAGCUUUUUUAACAGAAGUUUUGUUUUCAUAUUAAAAUCAUCAAAAAUGUCUGAAAAAGAGCGGUUUUUUUCGACAUGUUUUGCAAUGUUUUGAAAAUUUAAGCCUUUUAGGGGCGAUUUCUUCACCCUGGCUUAAGCGUUAAGCCCCUUAGACUAAUUUUACAAAGUUCACGUCCAAGUGACUAAGAUAUUAGAAGUCAUUAGCUUUCAAUUCGAGCAUUGACAUUGAUUGUACGAUUGAUAAUUUAGUAGAUAGAGGGUUUGAAAGAUGAGCAAAAUUAAAAAACUUAAAAUGUGAUUAACUCACUUAGCAGUGAUUUCCGACCCCAUGUUCCUUGGGCACUUUUUCAUAACUCAUGGAGACCUAUCCACCCUAAAAAUAUCUGCACUCCGGAAACAAACACCCUGUAUAGACCCUCGAUUUAUGUACUUCGAUUUUAUGUUAAUAUUUAAAUGGUUAAUCUACAGUGCAUUCUAAAAAAAAGUAAUUUUAUAUUUUUAAAUCGAAAGAAAAAUCGAAUGUUAAAAAUCGAUUCGGUCGAUUUCGUGGGGCUUCAAUAUCUUUUUUUUGUAGUGACCAGGUGGAGCUGCAGGGCAGCAAAUAGCAAAGCCUGGACCCUUUCCCAACUUUCCCCCCUACUAGGACCAAUAUUCACGAUGGACUAGACGAUGUCGUCAAGUUGAGCAAAGUGUGUAGUAAUUUGUAUUGGGUCGUACCUAGUAGUUUUUAAAAAUACUGUGUUUUAACUAUCCCAUCGCACUAGUGGUUUGACCGAAUGGAAGCUCCGAAGAUGAUUUGAUAACUGCGAACAAUAUUUCAGUAAUCGUAAAUCUCAGAGGUAGGGCCCAUAUAGCCGAGGCUGUAAACGCACGGGUAUUCAGCAUGACCAUGCUGAGGGUGACGGGUUCGAUUCCCGGUCGGUCCAGGAUCUUUUCGUAAAGGAAAUUUCCUUGACUUCCUUGGGCAUAGAGUAUCUUCGUGCCUGCCACACGAUAUACACAUGCAAAAUGGUCAAUGGCAGAGGAAGCUCUCAGUUAAUAACUGUGGAAGUAGGGGUAGGCGGGGCAAUAUGGACACCCUAAGGUUUUUGCCAAUUUUACCUGGCAAGAUGUCAAAAAAGUUUAGUUUUUUGAUACAUGUAUCCUUUUAAAGUCUAUUUAGCAUCUAUUGCAUAAGAAUGCUCACGAAGAAAAAUGAUUUAUCCACUUCAAAAAAUGUUAUGAAAAAUGUUAGUUUUUCAUGACCGUCUUCAAGCAUACGGGGCAGAAUGGACACCCCCAUGGGGCAUUAUGGACACCAUGAGACUUUUACGAAUUUCGUACAUUAUUUACACCUAUAAAGUAAUUUCAUUACGAAACAACUAUUAUGGAUUAAUAAUACGCCGAAGUAGUUCAUUUUUGUUCAGUUAAUUUAAUUUCAGGCUGUUUUGGAUAAAGCUUCGUUUUUGUCGGCAUGUACAGCUGUGCCUAGAACAACUAUUUUCCACUGCUGUCAUUUUUUGACCAAUUUGUUUCACCCUAUGUCUACUAUAGUGAACUUUUAACCGAAAAUAUACUGAAAUCGAAGAAUUUGGUUGGUUUGUGAUUUAGGUUAUAUUUUUCCCUCGCCGCUUCUUUCAAAAAGGUGAGUGUCCAUUUUGCCCCGGCAGCAGAAGAUAUUUCCAAACUUGAUUUUUGAUAUAAUAAAGAAGAAAAUAUAAACAUGUUAAGCAUGUACAUACAGCAAAACUACUUGCAUGUGUUCUAGAAAUAUCAGGUUUUAAUCGGCCUGCAAUAAAUUAAUCACUAAACCUUAUUUUAGAUGGUGUGAAAAUUAUAAUUUCCAUGCACAAAAAACGGAGGACGCAACUUUUUCGUGUAAAAUCAAGUAUAGUUUUAAUUUCGAAUGUUUCUUUCCUGAAACUACGUUUUAGACAAAUGGACUAUAUUCUCCAUUCAUUAAAAGUUCAAAAAAGUUCGCAUAUUUCAAAAUAUUGAGGGUGUCCAUUCUGCCCCGGGUGUCCAUAAUGCCCCGCCUACCCCUACUCAUAGAACACGGAGUAGCAGGCUUUGUCCCAGUGAGGACGUUACGCCAAGAAGAAGAAGAAAUCUUAGAGGUCACUGGACAACAUUCAGAGAGAAAAAAGGUUGUUAAUGUUAACGCCUUCAAAGUACUAUUCCUGACAAAUAUUACAAAGAGCAAAAAAAAUUGUCAUAGCUAAUUUUUAAAGAUUUGAUAUUUAUGAAAAUUAUUCGGAGACAGCUACCAGAGCUAGCGUAUUAGCCGAUAUGGGCAACUAGUUUUUCUGACAGCAUCCCCAAACAAUAAUCAAAUAAAAUCCUAAGUUAUUUUAUAAUACAUUCUGAAAAUUAUUUCAAGCUGAUAACCAAUAGUGUCAAUAACCGAUGUUGGCCAGACAGAACCAGCAUCAUCCCCAAAUAACUCUCAUAUUAGUGUCAGAUAACACUUUUUGUGCUUCCAUUCGAUUUUGUAAAGAAAUCAGUCAAACCCUGUAUGUCAAAAUAUAGUCUAUUAUGUGUCGAAUUGUGUUUUUAAUUUCGCUAGUCGUCUUCUGCAUAUCUAUAAUCAUCUCAGUCCGAAGUAUUAUUAUAUCCACCGUAACCCUUUACAUUGUCAACCGUCCUAAGUCCUAAAGAAACAUGUAACUAAAUUCCUAUUUUUUGGUCAGUGUUAUAAUACCGUCUAAGAUAUAAAAACAAAAAGUUCAGUCAGCUGAUUUUCGUGUCAAAAAUAAAAAUGAUAAAGAUUAUUUGUCAACUUUUAUGUAUUCACCCCUACAAAACCUAUUAAAAUAAGAAAUACAAAUAUAAACUCAUUUUAAAAAUCAACAGUUUUAUGUUUACCUAAUCAGUCCUUAAUUAUCUAAAGGUAAUGCAGUUAAUUGUUCACAUAACCCAAUCUGUAAGUAUUUUUUUUUUCCUCAUCUGUAGAGUCUUUUAACCACUGCGUCCAUUCUUUAGGAAUAUUGUGGUAUGACCCAUAUUUAAUUUGGUGCUAGUCAAGUAUCCUGUCACAAUUGAGCUGUGAUGGACAAUGGUUGAUGUAACACCUGAUCCCAACUGGGCACAACUCGUUUUAUAAAGUUUAUAACUCUGUUGGGAUUAUUUCUCCAAAUUUCCAAGAGCUCUAGAAACCCUUUACCAAAUGCUCGGCAGUUUCGUUUUCCGUUUGACAGAAACGACACUCGGAGGAUUGGAUUUGUUCAAUCUUACUUAGAUGAUAUUUACUCGGGCAGUGGCCAGUCAUCAGACCAGUAAUUACCCUGAGAUCUCUUUUGUUUAGAUUCAGUAUGGACCUGGCUUUUUCUGCAUUGGGUUUUAUGAACCUUUUUGCCUGCUUGGAUGUAUCCGUGGCAUUCCAAUUAGAUUCUACCGUGGGCAUUUCCCAAGUUUUUAGUUUCAUCCGAAGAGCACACUCAGGAACUCCACACACUCAAAUUAAUUUACUGAUAGAAUCUAAGUGCAGAAAGCACAUAGAUUACGAACGAGAGAGAAAAAAAUCAUUCUAUGUGUAACUAAUGAAAAUUAAAAGUUACAUUAUUAUAUUCCAUUCUUCCUGUUAUAGGGGUAGGCGGGGCAAUAUGGACACCCUAAGGUUUUUGCCAACUUUACCUGGCAAGGUGUCAAAAAAGUUUAGUUUUUUGAUACAUGUAUCCUUUUAAUGUCUAUUUAGCAUCUAUUGCAUAAGAAUACUCAUGAAGAAAAAUUAUUUAUCCACUUCAAAAAAUGUUUUGAAAAAUGUUAGUUUUUCAUGACCGUCUUCAAGCUUACGGGGCAGAAUGGACACCCCCAUGGGGCAAUAUGGACACCAUGAGACUUUUACGAAUUUUAUACAUAAUUCACACCUAUAAAGUCAUUUCAUUACAAAACAACUGUUGUGGAUGUAUAAUACGCCGAAGUAGUUCAUUUUUGAUCAGUUAAUUUAAAUUCAGACUGUUUUGGAUAAAGCUUCGUUUUUGUCGGCAUGUACAGUUGUGCCUAGAACAACUAUUUUCAAUAAAUAAAUCACUAAAUCUUAUUUUAGAUGGUGUGAAAAUUAUAAUUUUCAUGCACAAAAAACGGAGGACGCAACUUGUUCGUGUAAAAUCAAGUAUAAUUUUAAUUUCGAAUGUUUCUUUCCUGAAACUACGUUUUAGACAAAUGGACUAUAUUCUCUAUUCGUUAAAAGUUCAAAAAAGUUCGCAUAUUUCAAAAUUUUGAGGGUGUCCAUUCUGCCCCGGGUGUCCAUAUUGC